AUGGGUUUUAACCCUGGUCUCAGCGAGGCAGAAAUCUUUCUGGCGUCGCUGCAGUCUUCCGACAGCAGUGACGAGUACAAGAGCGAUUAUCCAGGCUCAAACAACAGAAGCACGCCCUCUGGAAGCAACCACGAUUACAGCCAAGACACUGUCUGGAGCGACCAAAUUACAGGCGGGUUCGAUUUGACACCGGAGUCGUUUCACGAGGUACCGUUGCAACCGUCUCAGUCGCAAGUUCAGCAAGCUCAGCAACAGCAACAGCAACAACAACAACAGCAACAGCAACAACAGGCGAGUCUAGCUGCGUUUAACAGCGUUUCUGCAGACCGGCCAGGCUUUGUUCGUAUUAAAAGCGAUGAAUCGCCUGGUCUGGCAUUCGAGUCUGACGAGCUGCAAGAUCUAUUGAAACCGGAAGACGGUCUGGCUUCUGAUUCGGUCGGAUCGCUCAACUCGCUCCAUGAUUCUGCCCACUCCAAGAUUUACAAACCCAAGCGUGAGAGAAUUUCCCACAACGUUAUCGAAAAAAAGUAUAGAACAAACAUUAACGACAAGAUCCUACAGCUUAGAGACACUAUCCCAACUCUGAGAUGUGCUGUAAAGCGGGAACUGGGCCAACCUUUGACCCGUGAAGACCAUGAGGAACUGGACGGCUUGGAAGUCGCCCGCAAACUCAACAAAGCCUCGGUUUUGAUCAAGACGAUCGAGUACAUCCGCCAUUUAGAGAACAGAUGCGAUACUUUGAAGUUUGAAAAUACCAAGUUGAAGGCCGGUCAAGGAUUUACCACCCCCGAAAGUGACAGAAACCUCUCGACCGGCUCGAACGAUUUCAUGCUAAACUUGGCACCGGAUCAGUCUCAAAAUACUAGUCCGUACGCUCCAGCGUAUCCAAAAAGGAAGGAGUCUUCGUCUAGUAAAUACCUAAUGGCAGGUCUUGCUAUGACAAUGGGUGCUUCGUGCUUCGGGGACGGCAACGAUUACAAUAACGCCAAGAGUCUGAUGUCCAUGCCCGUAAUUCACUACUCUCCUGGAAGUGGUCUGACCUUCUCCGACGCCAACGGUGUCAUCAACAUGCCUACGAUGUUACUCUCUGUGCUCAAAAUUUCACUCCUUUUCGCGACUGUCGUACACUUUAUUAAACUCUUCACUCACAAAUACAUUGGUGAUAAGGACAAGAAGCACGAAUUGCCGCUAGUUACAUUCACUGAUUCGGUUUGUUUUGGCGAUUUUUCACAGAUUUUUGAGACUUUGAAAAAGACUAUUACUCUUAACAGGCUAAAAUACCCAGUUAACUCCAUUGAAAGGAUCGAAUCUGAAAUUGCCUGCUGUUUCGCACUCAAAUACUACCAAUUUCGGUUUCCUCUAAAAAUUUGGAGUAGCAAACAUGUUGACUCAACAUGGACAAGAGUUAAGAAACAGGUUGAGCUGGCCAAUCUCAGAAGUGGCGGAGCUUUGAAGAAUGGGUUCGAAUGGGAAAUGAUCACGAACGUUAUAACAAGCCCUACAGAUGAGACUUUAGACUGUGAAGAGCUUCAAGAUGCCAUUAUUAAAAAGGGAUCUUACACGAUAAAAGAAUUCGUUGAAUUUGUCAAUAGUUUUCUUGUCAAAUCCAGAAGCGAAGCUGUGGUCGUGGAUCUAAUGACUGAACUAUGCUCGGCUGAAAGCUCUGUUGGAGAAGUGACCGAUAAAGUUUACGAGUCAAAGGUAUUCAACAACGCGGAGCUUCAAAUGUCUUCAGAAAAUCUCACUACUCUCACCACUUUGUUCGAGCCUACAGAAAACAACAUUAAUGCUCUACUGAGAUUGGUAAAGACAAGAUCGGCAGAUCAAGAAUUCAACAGAUCGGACAACGAUCAGGUUUUAGUGCUCUACUCCAGUAUAGUGAGGAACCUGCUUUCAAAUGGAAACGUCAAACAGGCGUGCCGCUGGGCUACCAAAAUUCCGCCUAAGCUUAUUGCUUCAAAAAGCAUCUCCAUUAUCGGAGUUUCCGCUGUAAUUUUAGCGCUAAAGAAUCUGUUCGAAGGAGAAAAUUCCGAAGAUUUAAAGAACAGCUACCCUAGAUUUGAGUCUUUAAUUGGCAACAUCAGGAUACUGCUUGGAAAAGAUUCUGGAUUUAACUUGAGCUUAGAGCUACGGGGCAAGUUGGUAGAUUUCUGUGUUGACACUGCCCUAAUGUGCGGAACUAAGCAGUUGGACGACGACACUGAUGUAGAAAGUCAAAGCGAGGAAUUCAGCGAAGAUGAAGAGGAUCAUUAG